AGACGUGUAUUUUUGCGUCAAGGGGGGAAGUUUCCUCUCAAACAGCAGAAACAUGAACAGUCCUCAGAGUCCUCGCUUGAUCUCAGCUUGUCACCGUGUGAUAACUUACUAAUGAAUUCAGAAAAAGAUGUCAACCGACUUAACGUUAGACUUCGAAAAUCAGCCGGCGAUGGACAGUGAGACGGGGAUCAUCUCCAUCGACCAGGGAGGAGAGUGGGACAUAAGCCUGUUUGAUGAGCUAGACAACCUGGGAGACCCAGAUGAGCUGCUUGAGGCCCUGGAAAAUGCCGGCUAUGCCAACCCAGGUCCAGAUCUGGACUUUGACAUCGAUAUUCCUCUGUGGAAUGAAGUGGAUACAAGCAGCACCUGCACAGAUGGUGAGGUGAGUGUGGACUCUCUGUCACCUGCCCACACUCUGAGCUCCGUCUCUUCUCCUGCCUCGGUGGAAGCCUUGUCCCCGUACUCCUUACAGGAUGAGGCCUUGUCACCGCAGUCGCAGCCCUCUCCUGUUUCAGUCUGCUCAGAGUCCAGUGGCUUCUCUGAAAUCUCUCUCACGGCUAAGAAAGCUGCAAAAAGGACCAGUCUGACAGCAAGAGCCAAACCAGCUGAGCCAAUCAAGAGGCCGAUUCAGAUUGGCCCGACGGUUUCCAUCCAGCCCAAACCGCUGAUUACAGCUGUGCCCUUGGCUCAAGCAGCAGCUCCACUGCAGGCCAAGACAAUCAUCAUCCAGCCUCUGCAGACCACCGUGCUGCCUGUGGUCAAGGCAGCUCCGGUCAGCAUCCAACCAGCGCCCCCUCCAGGUCGUCCUAUUGUGCUGUCUCAGCCGAGCCAGUUGCUGCGGAUCCAGACGCCGCAGGCUUACUCUGGCAAUGUGGUCGCCAUGCCAACGCUCAGCCAGGACAAGCCUGUCCCUGUCGCUUCUCCACCGGUUGUUUCUGUCACACUUCGGGCACCUUCCUCUGACGAUGAUUCAAAGUUGUCCCAGAGGCAGCAGCGCAUGAUAAAGAACCGCGAGUCGGCCUCCCUAUCCCGGAAAAAGAAGAAAGAGUAUCUGCUCUCGCUGGAAGCUCGCCUGAAAGUGGCGCUGUGCGAGAAUGAGGCGCUCAAGUGUGAGAAUGGCAAUCUCAAGAGACAGCUGGAGGGCCUGUUGAGUGAGAAUACAUUGCUAAAUGCGACAGCACCCAAGAGGAGAGCGGUAUGCCUCAUGGCGGUCUUGGUGUUCCUCGUGCUUAACGUCGGACCAACGAGUCUGUUUCAGGGUGGCCCGGGCUCCAAACUCGAGGUUGCGUCAAUGCAUCCCAGUGGCAGACAUCUAUUGGGUUUCUCCCCUGAGGCAGAAUCUGAGAGUAGCCGCUCUGAGAUGGCCGACAGCUCCCAAGACAAGGCUCUGAUGGUGAUGAAGGAUCCCGUCUUUCUCAGACCACAUCCUCCCUGCCAGCCUCCUGUUAACAGGACCAAGUGCAUCGAGUUGGCCCAUGAGUUGAGAGGUUGGGUCCACCGCCACGAAGUGCAGCAGACCAAAUCCAGGCGCAUGAGUAACAGCAACCACAAACCCAGCAGGACCAUUCUGCAGAAAACAGAGAAUAAAGAGGCAGACAGUGCCCAGAUUGUGACGGUCCAAUACACAGAAACUACUGAGGAAAAGAAUCCUGGCAGUGAGCUGCAGGUUUACUACGCACCUCGCAACACCUACAGUGACUUCUUUGACGAGCUCAAUCGUCGCGGCGACACUUUCUACGUCGUGUCUUUCCGUCGGGAUCAUCUGCUACUUCCUGCCACCAACCACAAUAAAGGAAGGCGACCCAAGAUGUCUGUGGUCUUGCCAGCCAUGAACAUAAAUGAAAGCAUCAUAAGAGACAAAGAGUUCGAGGUGAUGAUGCAGAUCGACUGUGAGGUGACGGACACCAGGAUCCUCCACAUCAGGUCUUCCAGCAUCCCACCUCUGCUCCGGGUUAACCACACGGACACGUUUUACCAGCACUCCCCGACCGACACCAAGGCAGCUCCUCCCGUUGGCGUCCUCAUGGGCUCUGCUUAAGAUCGCCUGCAUUCUUUGGAACUCUUUAACAAAACACCUCAGUUUUUUGGCUCAUGACUAAUAUUUUAAAUGUGGUCUGCUCCCCUUGACUUCAUAUGAUCGUGAUUGUGCUCUGCUGACAUGCCGUCAUUAGAAUACAAAAGAAGCUCAAAUCUUCAGCUGCAUUCUUUAAAAGAGGCUGAUAUCCGGUAGUGGCGUGUAAUAAGGUCCGAGCCGCUCCUUGUGUGGCAACGCUGACUUCUCCCUGUAACCCCAGACGCCCCACAUAAGGGUAAUUGUUUAGCAGCAGGGGGCAGAGCAUUGAACCCUGAGUCACCCCAUCAUAACACAAAUACUUUUACCCCUAACAGCGCUCCUCCUGGACGAACUGCAGAGCCAGAGCUCAGACAACAAAUUCAUAUACACCUAUUAAAGUCAUCAAAGUACAUUUGUGAGAAGCACACAGGUUUCUGUUUGUAUCUGAGCUACAGAACGGAGUGCUUUAAUCGCCUCCAGCUCUCUGUCUCUCUAAACAAAUGGAUUUUAUUAGUGUAAUAGUAAGACAUACCGGAUUAAUUACCUGCAGUACGCAGUAAACUCAGGAAGUCAGGUGAUUUGUGAAAGCUAACCACUAUGUUGUUGGCAGGUUUCGAUUAAUUUAAGGAUUCCAUGCAAUGUAUCGAUGAAGAAUUUCCUUUUUUUGGGGGUCUUUGCACUGUGUUUCAUGUAUAUUCCUCAACAGAUGUGGACACUGUACAUAUUUAUUUCUAUUAUUAUGUAACAGUACCCUUCUGUGGUUUGAUCCAUUUUUUUGAUGUCAAAAAUAUUUGAUAUUUUCUUUGUGGAAACUUUUCAUUCUAAUCGACAACAGAAAACUCAGAAAGAUAUAUUGUACAUGUAUAUUAAUAAACAGUGGAUAGGAAGGAAAUGCAUAGUAAAUGUCAGUACUGGGAGAUUUGGGUGUCAGUACACUGAGUGGACAUCUAGAAAAUUUUGUUCCAGAUAAGUUUCUCUUCAUCUUUCAUCGUGUGAAACCACUUCUUUUUCAGUUGGCAGAUGUUUGACAUACAAACGCUGGUGCAAAACGUUGCAUGACUCUUGACUACUCUGUCCACAGGCUAAAUCUUGGUUAUAUCUGGCAUACCUUUAAAGAAAUUAAAGCAUGCUGGGAUGUUAUGCCAUUUAGGAUUUUAGUACUAAUUUGUGAUCAAAUUUUGCACUAGAAAUGCAGAACCUGGAAACUUCAGCUUUAAAUGCCUUAUGUUCAUGUGUGUUUUAUUUGUCUAUAAAUGGGGGAAAAUUUGGUAUUAAAUAAUAAAUUAUACAUAAUUAGAGUUAGUAAUCUAUUUCUUAUUUCCGGCCGGUCCUGUGUAUGUUGGUAAAGCAAUAUAUUCUUCUCUUAAAAUGCACUUCUUUCAGAACAGAUGGUUAUGUUUUAGCUCAACAGAUGCCCAUAAAAAUUGUUCAGAAACCUUGUGUUGUUUAAAGCCAAGCUUUCUGUUUGUGUGUAGUUUUUUUUUCCAUGUCCUUUUGGUUUUAAAUUUAUAUUUGAUUCUCCACAAUGUUUUCACUGCUCCACUUAUGGACAAAGAAAAAGAACAAAUAAAAUCUUUGUUUUUUUGUAUUCUGUUAUGUGCAUAAACCAAAAUAAACACUGGAUUUUGUCUAAGUA